AUGCUCCUGCUUCUCGCAAUGAUCGCCGGGACGGCGCCGUUCGCGACAGCUGGGACGCAAGUUCUCGAUGCAUGGACCCUGUCGGGCUCAGAUCCGAACGGCACGGCGUUCUGUCUCAACCUGGCGGACAGCUCUACACCCGGGCACGUUCACGCGGCGCUGCUCGCGGCUGGCGGGAUCGAAGACCCGCUGCGCGGGUACGGCGAGGCGUCCACCAGGUGGGUCGCUGAAACGGACUGGACGUACUCCUCAACCUUCUCGUUGCCCGACUUGGGCGCGCACGACGAAGCAUGCGCGCUGCAGAUCACCUUUGAUGCGCUCGACGGCCCGGCAACCAUCUCCGUGGGGGGCAUCCAAGUCGGCGCGGCAACCAACGCCUUCCUGCCGCACCAGUUCUGCGUGCCGGCGUCCGCGCUCGCGAGCCCGGUCCCGCGCGUGGACGUCCGCUUCCGGUCCGCUGCGCAGCUCGCCGAGCGCAUGUCGCGGGCCUCCCAGCACCCCGUUCCUUCAAUGGCACAAAACCUCCCCUCGAUGCUGCCCGGGUACAACUUCCUGCGAACCCCGGCGGUGCGGUUCGGGUGGGACUGGGCGCCCGCGUUCGCCCCAGUCGGCGUGCUCGGUCCGGUCAGCGUCGGUCCGCCGCCGGCCGCCGAAGUGACGUGGGUGCACACCCGCGCGGUUCCCCGCAAGAUGUCGUCGCUCACUGCGGGGCCGUGGGACCUCUACGUGACCGUCAGCGUGAGGAUCGGGCCGCCGACGCAGGCCCCGGACGCGCAGCCCUCCCUCCGCUUCGAAGGCACGCUGCAGGUGAAGCUCUUCGGGCCUGAUGGCGACGCCGUUGCGCUCAUCGGCGCGCAGCCGUUCUCGGCCGACGGCCCGGGCAUCGGAGAGGCGAGGGGAGUGUUCGAGGUACGCGGACCGGUGAAGCUGUGGUGGCCGCGCGGGUACGGCGAGCAGCCGCUGUACACCGCCAGCGUCGUCGUGAAGGGUGCAGUGCGUUGCAUCUCAGGGCAGCACCCGGGGUCGGCGUCGGACGGGGCAGACGAUGGCAUGGAGGGGACGGAUGGCGCGGCGUCUUCCGGGCGCAGGAACCAGGCGUGCGUCGGCGGGGACCCGCAGGAGGUGCGUCUGGCGAUGGAGAGGCGUGUGGGGUUCCGGCACGUGCAGCUCGUGACGGGCCCGCUCGCGGACGAGGACGGCAGCAACGGUAACAUCGAGGACGAGUCGUUCUACCUCGUGGUGAACGGCCAGGGGGUGUAUAUGCGCGGGGCGAAUUUCGUGCCCGCAGAUCUGAUCCUCGGGCCCGGCGGGGAGGACGAGAAGACGCUGGCGCGGCUGCGGGACCUGGCGGACGCGGGCCUCAACACGGUCCGCGUGUGGGGCGGAGGAGGGUACCAGGGCGACGCGUUCUACGACGCGUGCGACGAACAAGGCAUCAUGGUGUGGCAGGAGUCGGCGUACGCGUGCAGCCCGUACCCCGCGACCGUCGAGCAGCAGCGCGCGGCGAUCCGCGAGGCCGCGCACCAGGCGGGGCGGAUCGCGUGGCACCCGAGCGUCGUUCUGUGGGGCGGCAACAACGAGGUCGAACAGUCGCUGUCGUGGUACGAGGAAACGAAGGACCCCGCGGCGCGCCCACUCUUCGAACAAGAGUACGAGGCGCUCUUCAUCGACGCCGUGCACUCGGCGGUGGGCGCGGUCGACAGCUGGAUGAUCUUCAUUGACUCCUCUCCAUCAAACGGCGUCGAGCAGUGGCGCCCGUACACCAAGCGUUUGGACCCCGAACACGUCAACGACCCCCGCCGCGGCGAUGUGCAUUUCUACGACUACCAGUCGCCGUGCGACGACCCCAGCACCUACCCCAUGGCCAACCUGAUCUCGGAGUUCGGUUUUCAGUCCUUGUCUUCGGGUCUGGACUGGAUGGACGAGCUCGCCGACGACGACUUCGCGGACUUCGAGGCCCUGCACCAGGCCAUGGCGCACCGCCAGCGCCACCCGGGCGGGAAGGCGCAGCUGGAGGCACAAGUGGCGCGGCUCUUUGGAAGUGGGGCCGGCGCGCCGGGCCCCGCGGAGGAGCCCGCGAACUGGCUGGACCGAUGGUCGUUCCUCACGCAGGUGCAGCAGGCAAUCUGCUACGCGACGGCGAUCGACCGGUGGCGCCUGGGGCGCAUGCCCUGCGAUGGCACCGCGACGGGGCUCGGCCGGGACAUCCACCUGACGCAGGGUCCGUGUCAGCCGACGCGGUCGGCGCGGAACGGCGGGAUCCUCUACUGGCAGCUGAACGAGGUCUGGGCGGGGGCGUCGUGGUCGAGCGUGUCGCGCAGCGGACGCUGGAAGGUGCUGCACCACGCGCUGUCGUGGCACGGCGGCCGGGACGUGUCGCUGGUGGCGACAGCGCUCCCGGACCGGGGCGCGGCCAAGGUCGCCGUCGUCAAUGACAUGAAGUACGAGGUCCAGUGCGAGGUGUACUCGAGGCACGUCGCGUGGCGCGGGGGCGAGCAAGCCACAGACUGGAGGCUGGAGUGGUCUGGCGCGGCUCGCAAGAGCGGCGUGACGCACCUGGAGGACGUCGUGUUCGGCCAGGGCUCGCUCGAGCCGGCGGACUUCGCGGCUGAGCUAUACCUGAAGUGUUCGGGCGAUCGUCCGCACUCCUGGACGCCGCGGAAGAGGUAUAAGGUUGCGCACUCGACCCUGGAGGGUGCAGCAUUCUUCCCUCUGUCCGGAACCUACGCCGCGGCGGACCUGUCGCCGACGCCGGGCGUGGAGAUUCGCGCGGCGGCCAGACGCGGGGCCCGCGGGCAGGGGCUGGUGGCUCGCGCCGCUGCAAGUCUUGUCAGACCGGUCGUGCUGCUGUGGCGGUACACGUUCGGGCACGCAGGGCGGCAGCCACGCCCCGGGCCCGACAGCGUGGAGUCAUGGACCUGGUUGGAGGUCUCGUGCAGCGAGACAGCGGCGGUCGUGUUCCUGGAGGCGACAAUACCAGGGCGCUACGAGCCCAAUGCCUUCAUUUUGGCGCCGGGGGAGUGGAAGGAGGUGUCUUUCCGGAGGGACAGCGCGCCCUCUGCCGCUGGCCCAAUGCAACGCGUGGACGCGGAGCGGCUGAUGGAAGCGACGCGGAUCUGGACGCUCAACGAGGCGCUCGGCGCGCGCGGAGCCCGUGAGGCGUGA